AAGGGAUGUAUGGGUGGAAAUGAAAUAAAUCACCAAUUAGUAUCACAGGAGAGGAUUUCUCUAAACGGCACCCUAGGGAGAGGACAGACAGGCGCGGCUGAGUGAAGAAAGGUGAUAGAUUAUAUCACGAGUAUAUAUAUUAUAUAGUAUAUUAUAUCUAUUUGCCUGAAGAUUUAAGGACGUACAGAGACCAACACUUCUACGGCUCACAAUGGCUUUAUGGAAAGGUAUCUGUGUUGUGGCAGCGGUGGCUCUUAUGGCAGCAGGAUCGUCACAGCUUGAGUGUGGAAAAGCUGUACUCAACACCAGGAUUGUGGGGGGGCAGGAGGCCCCCCCGGGGAGCUGGCCCUGGCAGGCCAGUCUGCACCUGCAGGGGACACAUGCCUGUGGUGGGACUCUCCUCACCAACGAAUGGGUGCUGUCUGCUGCUCACUGCUUCAGCAGAAACAUGGAUCCUACUCAAUGGGCCGUUUAUCUGGGUCGGCAGACCCAGUCCGGACCCAACCUGCAGGAACAGGUCCGUUCAGUCACUGAGAUCAUCAGUCAUGCUGAUUUUAACAGUACAAACAACAAUAACGACAUCGCCCUGCUGCAUCUCAGUUCUCCGGUCCCCUUCACCGAGUACAUCCAGCCCGUCUGUCUGGCGGCCCUCAGCAGCAGCAUUGCCCCAGACACCCUCGGCUUCGUCAUUGGGUUCGGCACAUUAGCCGAAGACGGCCAGCUGGCCGAUACCCUUCAGGAGGUGGAUUUGCUGGUGGUGUCAAAUCGCAAGUGCGCCGACAUUUAUGCAGGUAUCAGCAUCACCAACAACAUGAUCUGCGCAGGUGUAGAAGAGGGAGGAAAGGACGCAUGUAAGGGAGAUUCCGGUGGCCCACUGUUGCACAAAGUGGACUCUCAGUGGGCACAGUCUGGGAUUGUGAGCUUUGGUGAUGGCUGUGCCCGCGUCGACACUCCUGGUGUCUACACUCGGGUGUCCAAAUACGAGAAGUGGAUCACCGCGAGAGUCACGGACGACACCCCAGGCUUCAUCAACAUAACCACCAGCAGCGCCUCCCACUCCGCCACCUUCCUGCUGUCCCUACUCCCUGUCUGUCUGUCCAUCACCGUCCUCUCUGGCUGGGGACAGUGAAAUGGCAGCGGAUUGGUUGGUCUUAAAAUAUAAGAGUCAUGAAACUGCAGCGGAUUGGUUGGUCUUAAAAUAUAACAGUUAUGAAACUGCAGCGGAUCGGCUUGUUUUAAAAAAAAAAAUUUUACUGGUACUGAAACUGCAGUGGAUUAGUAAGUUUUAACAGAACAGUACUGUUUAAAAAACUCAAGCAUUUUUCUGAAACUUUCAGCAACACAAUAUUGUUUCCAAACUUUUACACAUGUAAAGCACCCUAUAUUUAAUUUAAAAUAUUUAAUAAAUGCAAGAGGUAUAUAUAUUUUUCAGAUCAUAAAUUAUUCCAUGUAUGUGACUAUGCAUAUAUGUAACACUUGUUCAUGUGUAUCCUUUCAGAUUUGUGUAGCACUGCAUGUCUGCUAUAACUGUUAGACUUUAUAAAAGUACAGUAAAUAGUCUAGCCGUAGGGGACCUGAACACACCUGAAAUCCUCAUAUACACACAUUUACAGGGAUUCGAGCAAGAAAAAAUUGUGAGCCUGAAAAGUUGUCCAGGAGGAAAUGUGUAUAAUGUACUGAAUUUUAUGAAAAGUAUUCUAUGAAUUUAAAUCAGGCAUGGUGCCUGAGAACUUAAAGCCAUGCAUUUCCUAGCAUUCUGACAGACAUGCUCAGCAGGUUUAUCUCAUGAUAAUUUGUGAUGAUGCGAGAAUCAAUUUAAAGAUCAGUUUUUGCAUGACAUGCUCUUUUAAAUGCUGCUAUAAUGGGAAAUUGUGAGUGUGCAUUUAGGGAGGCUUCCAGCUGCAUGCAUACGGUUAUAUAACCUUAAGGAGGACUGGGACUGGAGUUGCUAUCAAUAAAGAACAAACUACAAAA